CGGGGUAUGUUUUUAACGUCGGCAUCGCAGUUCUUUCGGAGUUGGACAAGCCAGACAACCUUCUCUUUUCUUUCAAAUCCCCACUCUUAACCGCAUCCUCCUCCACCAUGACUUCCUGGCUGCAGAUCCCCAAGAACUCGCCGUUCUCGCUGGCAAACAUCCCAUUCGGAAUCAUCUCCUCGGCCAAGGUCCCAUCGCGCGUCGCUGCUAUUGCGAUCGGUGACUAUGCACUGAAUUUGAACGCUUUUGCCUCGUCGGGGGGUUUCUCUCAGCUGCCCGCGAUCCAGCCCCAUCUCGGCGUGUUCAGCCAACCCACCCUGAACGCCUUUGCAGCUCUGGGCCGGCCAGUUCACCGGCAAGUCCGCGAAUACAUCCAGUCGAUUCUCCGUGCAGACACCCCGUUUCCUCAAGUCCUCAAAGACAAUGAACCCCUUCAGAAGGAAGCCCUUCUGCCGCUAUCGGAGGUGACCAACCACCUUCCCAUGCAAAUCGGAGACUAUACCGACUUCUAUGCCGGUCUCAACCACGCCUACAACCUGGGUGUCCUGCUCCGCGGCCCAGACAAUGCUCUGCAGCCCAACUACAAGCACCUGCCGGUCGCAUACCACGGGCGCGCCUCGUCCAUCGUGGUCUCGGGCACGCCCAUCCAUCGUCCAAACGGCCAGGUCCUGGCCAACCCGACGGCGACCCCGAAGGUCCCUACUUUCUCUCCCUGCAAGAGGCUCGACAUUGAACUGGAGCUGGCUGCUUUUGUCAGCACGCCCAACGACAUGGGCAAGCCCGUCCCUGUCAACGAGGCUGAAGACCACAUUUUCGGACUGGUGCUCAUGAACGACUGGUCCGCUCGUGAUAUCCAAGCCUGGGAAUACGUUCCCCUGGGACCUUUUAACGCCAAGAACUUUGCGACCACCAUCACUCCUUGGGUGGUCCUCGUUGAUGCCCUGGAACCUUUCCGAGUCCCCAGUCUGGACCCCGAGAACCGGGAGAAUCUCCUUCCUUACUUGCGCGAGAAGCGCACCGACGGUGUCUUUGACAUUCCCCUUGAAUUCGAGAUCACCAAUGCAGGCGGCCAGCCUACCACGGUCUCUCGCAGCAAUGCCAAGAACCUCUUGUUCUCCUUCCCCCAGAUGCUGGCCCACCACACCAUCACAGGUUGCAACCUGAGGCCGGGCGACCUGCUCGGCAGUGGAACCAUCUCGGGCACGGAACCCCAGACCCAGGGCAGCAUGUUCGAGCAGACCAGGGGAAAGGAGCCUCUCAAGCUGGCGGACGGUUCUGAGCGAGUAUUCCUCGAGGAUGGCGACACUGUGGUGCUUCGCGGCAAGGCGGGCACCGAGGGGAACUAUGUGGGAUUCGGCGACUGCAGUGCCACCAUUUUGCCCGCUCUGAAGCUGGAAUUCUGAUGCCACCAAUAGCACUGUCAUACCAACUUAUGCAUGUGAUUAAUCAUGAAAUUGAUCCAAUAUCCUUCCUUGGAAGCCUUGAACAAGAA